AUGCGGACCGUUUUUGUCCUGUUCGAUUCACUCAACCGCCUUGCGCUCGGCGCCUACGGCGGUACCGCCGUUGAAACACCCAAUUUCGACCGGUUCGCCCAACGGGCCGUCACGUUCGACAAGCAUUAUGUCGGAAGUCUUCCUUGCAUGCCGGCGCGCCGGGACAUGCAUACGGGCCGGCUCAAUUUCAUGCACAGGCAUUGGGGUCCGCUUGAACCAUUUGACGAAUCUUUUGCGAAAAUCCUGAGUGGCGGCGGUGUCUAUUCCCACCUGAUCUCCGAUCAUCUCCACUAUUUCGAGGACGGCGGUUGGGGGUAUGCCAAUGCCUUCGACAGCUGGGAUUUCAUUCGGGGUCAGGAAUAUGACGCGCUGAAAGCCCUGGCGGCACCACCGGUCGAAAGGUACCGUCAAAAAUUCGAUCCGCGUCACUAUCCGAUGUCGCCCCCUUCAAACGGCAGCAUGACCAGAGGCAAUACGGACAAGACCUCUUGGAAAAGGUCCCGGGCCGCAAUAACUCAUGAUUUUCUAACGGAAGAAGCCGAUUUUCCGACCGCCAAAUGCUUUGCCGCAGCAUUCGAGUUUCUCGACUUGAAUGCAGAUGCGGACGACUGGUUCCUGCAACUUGAAUGCUUUGAUCCACACGAACCCUUCGUCGCGCCGGAGCGUUUCAAGGAGGCUUACAAAAGCGGCUACAAUGGCAAGAUCCUGGAUUGGCCGCAUUACGAAAAGGUCAGCAAUUCCAGCCAGGAAAUUGCAGAAAUUCGCGGCAAUUACGCCGCGCUGGUUGCCAUGUGCGACGAAUAUUUCGGAAAACUUCUGGAUCAUUUCGAUGCGCAUGGCCUGUGGGACGACACCUGCCUGAUCCUGACCACCGAUCACGGUUUUCUUUUGUCGGAGCAUGAGUGGUGGGGCAAGAACAGGAUGCCCUACUAUGAGGAAAUCUCUCACAUUCCACUCAUGAUCUGGCACCCCGGGCACGCGGACCAAUCCGGUUCGCGGCGCAAGAGCUUGACGCAAACACCGGAUCUCAUGCCGACCAUCCUGGAGAUCCACAAUUGUCAGGUUCCUCCCAGCGUGACCGGUGCGUCCUUGAAGCCCCUGCUGGGCGAUGAUGCACCGGUUCACGAAAGUCUUGCCCUUGGCAUGUUCGCCGGCCCGGUUUGCGUGACCGACGGGAAAUACAGCUACUUCCGCUAUCCGGACGACCUGUCUGGCGAAAAUCUCAAUCUCUACACGCUGAUGCCGACACAUCUGUCGUCGCAUUUCGAAAUAAGCGAACUGAAGACGAGCGUACUGGCCGGGCCGUUUGAUUUCACCAAGGGUGCACCGCUCCUGAAAAUCAAGCUCGACCCGAAGAACACCCAGGUCGGCAAUGACGGGCAGACGCUCGAAGAUUGUGUUUCAGCCCUUUACGACCUGGAACGCGAUCCCGGUCAGACAACCCCUGUGCCGGAUGAAGCCGUCAUCGGACGCCUGACGGACCGGAUUACCUACCACUUCAUUCAACAUGAUGCUCCGAAGGAACUCUACGCACAUUUCGGUCUGGAAACAGACCGGGAGGCCCACCAGGGCACCGCGGGACCGGGCAUCGAAAGAGCAAACUAG